UGACAUUCUGCUGUGUGCAAGUGCAGGAGGCUGAGGGCUGCAGAGUUAAGAAAGAGACACUUGCAGCAUCAUUGGAUCACAGCCCUCCCUGUAUCACAGCAUCAGUCUGCCAGUCUGUAUACAAAGGAAGAUGCCAGGGGUGGUGAGCAGGAAUCCGGAUCUAGAGUUUGACUCGCUGCAGCCUUGUUUCUACCCAGAUGAGGAUGAUUUUUAUUUGGGUGGUCCAGACUCUGCUCCCCCAGGGGAGGACAUCUGGAAGAAGUUUGAGCUGCUGCCCACUCCUCCAUUGUCCCCCAGCCGUGCCGGGCUGCACAGUGACCCUCUGUCCCCAGGAUUACCCGGAGAGGAUGCCUUGGACUGGGCAUCUGAGCUGCUGCUGAUACCCCCUGAGGCUGAUUUGCUGGGGGGCUCUGGCUGGGGCUUUCUACAGGGUACAGAGCUGGGGCUGUCCCCAGGAAACCUUAAGUCCAUCAUUAUCCAAGACUGCAUGUGGAGUGGCUUCUCUGCCAGGGAGAAACUGGAGAGGGCAGUCAGUGAGAAGCUGGGCAAGGCAACUGGGUCACAGGAGAGUGCAGUGCUGCCCAGCCCGCCUGCAGGCACUGUGCCCCGGACAGUGGAGGACAAUCCUGCAUCACACUGUGUGGACCCUGCAGUGGUCUUUCCCUUCCCUGUAAAUAAGGGAGAGAGUUGCAAGGGGAGCUCUGGGAGCUGUGAUACCGUUGUGGCCACUAUGCCAGCACUUUCUGCGACCGUACCAGGAAAGGUGUGUGCCAAGCCCUGCUCCAGCUCUGGGGAUGAAAGCCACAGUGAAUCUGAUGACGAAGAUGAUGAAGAAGAUGAAGAAGAUGAAGAAGAAAUUGAUGUUGUAACAGUUGAGAAAAGGCGCGCCUCUUCCAACAAGCCAGUUACAUCCUUCACAAUUACUGUACGUUCGAAGAAUUCCAACUCUGCCUCAGCAAAGACCACACAGAGUGAAGUGAUUCUUAAGCGUUGCGCCCCUGUUCACCAACAACACAAUUACGCAGCCCCAUCGCCAUAUGUGGAAACAGAAGAAAUAGCUCCACCUCAAAAAAAGCAAAAAAAUGAGACGCCUCGUCUAGCAAAGAGCAUGAUACAACCAAAGUCGAAAAGCUCCAGUCCUCGCAACUACGACUCAGAAGAUAGUGAGAGGAGGCGGAACCACAACAUACUGGAACGUCAGCGCCGCAAUGAUUUGAGAUCGAGCUUUCUCACAUUAAGGGACCAUGUUCCAGAACUUGUUAAAAACGACAAAGCAGCAAAAGUUGUUAUCCUUAAAAAAGCCACUGAAUAUGUUCAUUCCCUACAGUCAGAUGAACAAAAACUGUUACACGAAAAAGAGAAAUUGCAAAUAAGGCAUCAACAGUUGCUCAAAAAAGUAGAAAACAUACGGACUUGCUAAAUCUUCUACAAUUUACCCUGAACUCUCACUGCCACUUUGCACAUUUUUUGAUUCUUUAACGCGAGACGAGUUUUGACAUUACGAAUGUUGGUUUAAUUUCAGUCCAGUUCACUUUUGCAGUUUGCAAUACAGUUUCUUACAUUUUUUUGGUUCUCGGUUUCUGGACAACUGGAUGAUAUUUUCAUGAGUUAAAGAGACUGCCAAAUGACUUAUUGUACUUUUUUUUAACCAGUGUACUUUUUUUUUUUUUUUUAGAUGUUUUUUCUUAAUGUUGUGAGCAUUUGAGCUGCUGAUUUACAUCAGAAUGUUUUUGUAUAAUUCAUUGUUCUAUACAUAUUUUUUUUUUUUUUUUGGUGCUCAAAUUAUUACUGAUAUUACUUAGGGGUUAGCGCUUGUACCUCUGGGGAAAUUUAUGUAAAUACCAUUUAUACACCUGACUUUUUAACAUUUUAUGGGGCUAUACUGGGUAGCUCACACGACCAAUAUCAUACUGGAAGUGCAUACCUAAGUACUGUAAUACCUCAAUUUUUGAGGAGCAUGUUUUGUAUACAAAUAUAUUGUUACUUUCUUGUUAUGUACUGUACUAAUUCUUACACUGCCUGUAUACUUUAGUAUGACGAUGAUACAUAACUAAAUUUGAUACUUAUAUUUUCGUAUGAAAAUGAGUUGUGAAAGUUUUGAGUAGAUAUUACUUUAUCACUUUUUUGAACUAAGAACUUUUUGUAAAGAAAAUUAUUAUAUAUGCCUUUUUUCUUAGUCUGUUUCUUCCUGUUAAUGUAUUUGUUCAUGUUUGGUACAUGGAACCGGUUAAAAUUUAAGGUUCUGUGUUCUCUUUUCUUUUCUUCUUUUUAAUUUCCAAGCAAUGUACAUUUUAGUGCUUUACCUUAUAGCACUUUGAAAUACCUCAUGUUUAUGAAAAUAAAUAGCAACAAAAUGA